AUGGCCACCAACAUUGGGCCGUUGACGGCGACCUUCACGCCUCCAGCAGGUUGCCUCCAACAGAUCUAUGGGACCGCCACCACGGAAAUACGCGGGACCGCCAGCACGGGAUACAAAUGGCAUAUACUCGGCGGCACGUCUGCGGGCGACUGCUACCCUCAAAACUUUGUCCCAGGCCCCACGGCCUACUACUCGCCCGCCGUGUGCCCCUCCGGCUGGAGCAUGGCGUCCAGCACGGCCGAGAUGGUGCAGACGCUGACCGAGUCUCGCGCCGUGUGCUGCCCAAGCGAGUACAGAUACAGCCCAGCCACGGGCUCGGAAUCCCUGCUGUCGAGCCCGGCCUGCUACUCGAGCGCGCAGUGGCCCACGACGGUGACGCUGCGCGUGCCUGACGUCGAGAACGCGCGCAGCAUCCAGACCACGCCGACCGACGUGCUGAUCGAGGUGCGCGCCACGCCCAUCUACAUCCGCUUCCCGCAGUCGCGGUCGGCCACGUCGACGUCGGGGACGCCGCCCGCGCAGACCUCCCGAGAGGGCGGCGACAGCGCGGCCGGGAGCGGGACGACGUCGCUGGACGUGGGGCUGAGCGUGGGCGGCAGGGCCGGCAUUGGCGCCGCCGUGGGCGUCACCGUGCUGGUUGCGGUGAUGGGCGUGGCGGUGUUUUGGUCAAGGCGCAGGGCGGCGGCCGGCGAUGGCAAGGACGAAACGAGGGGCUGGACGGGGCGGGAGGCGAGGCGGGAGAGCAGUAUAUGCGGUACGGGAAUGCUGAUGACUCAAGCGGCCAAGGCCACGUCUACGGCGGCGGGCCGGUAG